UAUGCAUUCAAUACAAAUCGUAAGCAGUAUCAGUAGAUAAGACAGAGUUUUACCAAAAAAAAAGCGAAAUUUGAAGCAAAAUUUAAUGCAACAUGGAACAGUCGCAAUGGGUGCGGUUACGACUAGAUCGUCCCGAUUCUUCGAUUAGAUUGACAAGACGUCCACGCAUUUCCCAAAUCGAAAGGUCCACAGAAGCUACAGGAGGGUCUUUAGAAGUGGCAGGAGCUGAUGCGGCAGGAGCUGCAAGAACCAUAGCAGAUAAUGAUGCAGUAACAUUGGAUCCCACUGGACAAAACUUGGAAGAGGUCAACAGAGCCAAUGGGCGGGAGCCGAACGAUGGAUCUCUUUAUGAUUGUAACAUAUGUCUGGACACAGCUAAGAAUGCGGUUGUGACUAUGUGCGGCCAUUUAUACUGCUGGCCCUGUUUGCAUCAAUGGCUAUUGACGCGACCCUCGAGGAAGGUUUGCCCAGUAUGCAAGUCGGUUAUCAGCGCAGAAAAAGUCAUUCCACUCUAUGGACGGAAUAGUGCACAACACAAUGAUCCACGCUACAUAGGUCCACCCCGACCGAGAGGACAACGUACUGAGCCAGCACCUGCCUUCUUCGGAGUUGGAGGCGGUUUUUUGUUUUUUGGCAUCGGUGGCUUACCGUUCGGGUUUUUAACUUCAAACAACUUUCGACGUCCUGUCAAUCGCGGCAGGAACAACGCACAAUUGCAGAACGGGGACGAAGAACUUCUUUCAAAAUUGUUUCUAUGUUUUGCUUUUAUACUCAUCGGAUGGCUGCUUUUCAGCUAAAGAUGUAACCAAGAAUGUAACCAAUGCUUGUGGUCCUUGUGCUCCGGAGUACAUACUGAAUACACAGCUUCAAAUUACUAUGUUCCGAUGUAAAUGGUUACAAGCAAAUAUUCGAAAAUAUAUUUGCCGCUAAUGUUAGGUGUUCGUAAACAUAUUAUGCUACAUAGUA